CUUCAUUUUAUUUUACAAGCAAUUUAACCAUAUUUUACGUGUUUCUGGACAAUUCCAACAUUCUUUAUUUCGUUCUGUAUCUAUGAUUCACAAAAUGGCCGACAAAAGCUGUGCGCACAGAGGCGGAAUACCCGCGAACGUCAAACACACAACUCAUCCAAUCAGACCAAGCGACAGAAUCACAUGAAUCAAAAUGAACUCUAAACAUCGCCGUAACAUGGAGAUUGACUCGAAAACCACAUGCGACCCAAAUAUUAUAUCGAUAGCAUUACAUUCAGAGCAGAACCGAACUUUUAACUUGAGCGAUCUGAGGAGUGAACUAAACGAGUCAUUGAGUGAUUUGUUCGAUAAUAGAACGUUAAAUGACACUCUGGUUCAGUUGAGAAGUGUGAAUUAUAAUCUGUGGGCGCUGUCACUGAUGGUGUUUCCUUUGUUGACUUUGUUUGGUAAUGUAUUGGUGAUAUUGAGUGUUGUCAGGGAAAAGAACUUGCAAACGGCCACAAAUUAUUUCAUUGUGAGUCUCGCUGUUGCUGAUCUGUUGGUCGCGGUUGUUGUUAUGCCGUUUGGUGUGUAUUACUUGUUGAACGGGGUGUGGUCGCUGCCGCCUGUAGUUUGCGACUGCUACAUCGCAAUAGACGUCACCUGCUCUACAUCCAGUAUCUUCAACCUGGUCGCCAUCUCCGUCGACAGGUACAUAGCAGUUACCCAGCCAAUAAAAUAUGCGAAGCACAAGAGUUACCUCCGCGUGUGGGUGAUGAUAGGCAUCGCGUGGUUGGUGUCUGCAGCCAUCGGCUCUCCUGUGGUGCUGGGCCUCAACAACACGCCUGACCGAAGCCCAGACCAGUGCCUCUUCAAUAGCACCGAUUACGUCAUCUUUUCAUCGCUCGCUUCAUUCUACAUACCUUGUAUCAUCAUGACUUUUCUAUAUUUUAGGAUCUUUAAGGCAAUUCGUCAAAGGGCAAAGAAACAACGCGUGGCCAAAGCUUCUACCACCGUUAGCGCAGCGGUGUCGAGUGGUAGCACCGCAGUUGUGAUAGAGAAUGCAGCCACCGCGCACCGGUUCGAUGCCCCGCAGGAUGACAGACCAACGAACACCGCGUCUGGCAGUAACGAAGAUGAAGAUGAAAAUUUCGACAAGACGGAUGUCGGUGCCUACGAUGAGGAAAUAGCAACGACAAGAUCAGCAAGGUUUAUGUUAGCAGCGGUCGUCGAGGAAACUGGCCUGAUAAUGGCGAACCUGGCGUCACCAAUACCCAUGAUGGACCCCAAUACCAACAAUGACUCGGGCUACGCCCCGUCCAACGUAGAGCCCGACAAGGAGCCCUCUCCGCCUCCUUCGCCUAGCGACAAGAAGCAAGACUCCAAGCUGGAGGUGCACAAAAAACCUGAACUAAAGAAGAAGUUAAGUCGCCUCAGCAACACCCCAAUCAUAUCAACACCUCGUCGUCGCUUCAGGAGCGCGGCGUCUGCAGCAAGGUUCACGAUCUUCAGAGCCAACCGCGACGGCAAGAUGAGAGCCAAGUCUUUUGCCAAAAAGGAAAAGAAAGCAACACAAACACUAGCGAUUGUCUUAGGUGUAUUCCUGUUCUGCUGGGCGCCCUUCUUCACCUGCUCUGUCCUGGACGCUCUCUGCACCAAGUUCGGACUGAACUGCUCGCCAGGAGUCACAGUCUUCAUCCUCACUACCUGGCUGGGUUAUAUUAACUCGUUUCUCAACCCAGUCAUCUACACCAUAUUCAAUCCGGAGUUCAGGAAAGCGUUUAGGAAAAUUCUCUAUUGCUCAUAA